AUGAAAUCGUGGCAAGUUCAUUCUUACGGAGGUCUUGAAGAAUUACAAUUAACAAAUUCUAGAAUACCUGUUAUUAGAAAUCCGAAUGAUGUUAUUGUACAGGUAUCAGCGGCAUCAGUGAAUCCCAUUGAUGUGGCUAUGAUGUCUGGUUACGGUUCUGUUUUGCUCAAUUUCAUGAGGCAGGCUAAAAGUUGUAGCCUAGAAGAAACUUUAGAAUUUCCACUGACAUUGGGUAGAGAUUUUUCAGGGAUUGUUAUUCAAAAAGGUCAUGAUGUUAAAGAUGAAUUUUCAAUCGGUGAUGAAGUUUGGGGAGUAGUUCCAGUUCAAGAGCAAGGCUGUCAUGCUGAACAAGUUUUAGUAUCAAAAAAUUGUAUUAAGAAAAAACCUAAUAACAUUUCUGCAACAGAAGCUGCAUCCAUACCUUAUUCAGCUGUUACAGCUUGGUCAGCUUUAAAAAUAACUGGUGGUUCAGCUUUAUUUCCAAUCGCUGGAAAAAACGUUUUAAUAUUAGGAGCAUCUGGAGGAGUUGGAACUGUUGCAGUACAAAUGGUUUCAUCUUGGGGAGGUUAUGUAGUAGCUACUUGUAGCGAAGAUGCUAUCCCUUUGGUUGAAUCAUUGGGAGCAAACGAAAUAAUUAAUUAUAAAGAAAAAGAUUCUUUUGAAAAAAUUCAAAAGCAUAAGUAUGACAUUAUUUUAGACUGUGCUGGUAUUGGACAAAACAAUGCUGCAUUUUAUGUCAAAUGCUUAAAAGAUUACAAAUUUUCAAAAUACAUUACUUUAAAGUCACCAAUGCUUCAAAAUAUUGAUGAAUAUGGAAUGAUUGGUGGAAUGAUGAAAAAUGCGGCUGAUUUGAUAUUAGUUAAUUUUAAUACUGGAGUUUUACCUAAAACAUCAUCAGUAAGAUGGGGAUUUUUCAUUCCCCUCGAAACAGCUUUAUUAGAAAUUACUGAAGAUGUUAAUAAUGGAAAAAUUAAACCAAACAUUCAAAAAACAUACAAUUUUUCCGAUUUACCAGAAGCUUACAAACAUGUGCAAAAUGGUCACUUGAGAGGAAAAGUGGUUGUAGACUUUACUAAGAAGUGA